UGACUGAGCUACUGCUGCUGUUGCUGUGAAGCCGGCAGCUCUUCACCUCCGCGCUCUAUCAGCAAGUCACUCCACCACAAGACGAGAGACUAAUUUGCCUGCAAAUGGCCCCCCGGUGGCUGAGCUGCAGUACUGCAGUGUUCCUGCUCCUGGUUCACAUCACCCCGGUCCUCACACAAUCCUGUGGGGGAACCCCGGGGAUCCCUGGGAUACCAGGCACCCAUGGGCCCAACGGCAUGGACGGUCCCAAGGGCGAGAAGGGCGACCCUGGUGAGGCAGGUCAGCCUAUCAGGGGCAAGAAAGGGCUGCCAGGUAUUUCUGGUCCUCCAGGACGGCCGGGGAUGAAGGGGGACGUGGGUCUCCCUGGGCCUCCUGGUAAUCCAGGCCGUAAAGGGGAUAAAGGAAGACCCUUUAACCCCUCCAACAACCAGAAAUCCUUCUUCUCCUACAAACGGAUAUCACACGCACCAGAGAUGGACACCCCCAUCUACUUCAGCGGGGAGACUUCGAGUGACCUGGAUGAACAGUUUCGAGGGGACCCGCUUACAAACGGGACGUUCACAUGCGUCACCAAAGGAAUUUAUUUCUUCAGUUAUCACGUUUCAGCAAGGAGCAGAGUGAGUUUGUUCUCAUAUUAAACUGAUCUAUGUAUC